CAUAUUUAAUAUUUUAGAAUAUGUCUAAUUUGCUGGUGGCGGCAAUCGACUUCGGCACAACAUUUUCUGGAUACGCCUUUUCCUUUCUGCAUGAUUACCAGAGGGAUCCUUUGAAAAUCUCGGCCAACACAUGGACAGCAGGGUCAGGAAACCUGGUAUCUCUAAAAACCUCCACGUGUGUUCUAUUUGAACCAAACGGAAAGUUUCAUUCUUUUGGGUUUGAAGCUGAGGACAAGUAUUCUAACUUGGCCCUAGAUGAUAUUCAUCAUGACUGGUAUUACUUUAGAAGAUUCAAAAUGCUGCUUUAUGAGAAAACGAAUUUGUCGAGGGAAGUCCUCAUUAAAGAUGACAAAGGGAAGCAAAUGGAGGCAAUGAGAGUAUUUUCAACAGCAAUAGGAUACUUAAAAAAUCAUAUGAUGACUAACUGUAAAACACAGUUGACAGAUAUAGAGGAGUCUGACAUUAUGUGGGUGUUAACAGUACCCGCCAUUUGGAGCGACCCAUCAAAGCAGUUCAUGAGAGAAGCUGCAAAAAAGGUUGGUAUAGCUGAUGAUAAAUUGAUGAUGGCCCUUGAACCUGAGGCAGCUUCACUUUAUUGCAUGCACCUACCAGUCCAGAGAGAGGAAGAAAAUACCACUUUUGGGGUCUUUAAGCCAGGUGCUAGAUAUAUGGUUGUUGAUGCUGGAGGUGGAACAAUUGACAUUACGGUUCAUGAAGUCCAAAGCAAUGGUACGCUGAAAGAGUUACACAAAGCUAAUGGUGGUGACUGGGGUGGAACCAAAGUAGAUGCUUCAUUUCGCAGUCUGUUGGCCGAUAUCGUUGGUAACGAUGUCAUGGAGAUUUUCAGUUCUGACCACAAAUGCGAUUUUCUUGAUCUGUUGAGAGAUUUUGAGGUAAAAAAGAGAACCAUCUCUCCCGAUUUAAACGAUAAGGUUACUUUUAAAGUUCCGAUUAAUUUGCUUGAAACAUUCCGCACAAUUAAUCCAGGAGACAACAUUAAAUCAGUCGUCACAUCAAAAUCAAGGUACAGAAAUAAACUCACUUGGACAGGAGACAAACUAAGAAUGGAGGCGGACCUCACCAAAACACUCUUUGACGAAAGCUGCAAGAAGAUCAUUGAGCAUCUUAAAAACCUCCUCAAAAAUCCCUUUGUAAAAGGUGUAUCUUCUAUGCUGCUGGUAGGUGGGUUUGCCGAAUCACCAAUGUUACGCGUUGCUAUUCAAACCGCUUUUAAACAGAUAAAAAUCAUUGUCCCACAAGAUGCCGGAUUGGCCGUUUUAAAGGGUGCAGUUCUAUACGGACAUAAUCCAAAAGCAAUAACAGCAAGAGUUUGCAAAUAUACUUAUGGUGUAGGAACAACAAUUGAGUUUAACGAGUCUGUCCAUCCUCAGUCAAAGAAAAAGAUUAUUAAUGGAACUGAGUAUUGCAGCGAUAUUUUCUGCAUCCACGUAAAAGUCGGAGACACAGUCAAUGUUGGAGAAGCUCAGGUGCAAAAGACCUACACUGUUCUUCGACCUGAUCAAACGUCAAUGGACAUACCGAUUUACAUUUCACCUGACAAGGAACCAAAAUAUAUAACUGAAAAUGGCUGCAAAUGCCUCGGGAAACUAACAGUCGAUACACCAGACAUAUCAAAGGGAAUGGAUAAUGGCGCUGAUGUAUUUAUGACAUUCAGUGGAACAGAGUUAACAGUUACUGCAACCGAAAAACAUAAACAGAACGUGGUAACUGCUUCAUUUGACUUUCUUGGAUGAGUAUAAGGAGAGGUGCUUAAAAUGACUGCAUAGUAACAUUUGAUAAAGAAGAUGAUAAAGAACUGAAAUGAAAAACUAAAUAGAAUGUGAAUUGGCAGAGAAUAGAUAUUGAAAGUGCUAAAACAUGAACUUCAGACAUAAAAGACGCGAGUCAUUAUAUAACAUUUGUGAGUGUCUUCCUCUCCUUCUUUAGUUUAAACCACGUACUUCAAUCUAUACAUUGUAUUCUUUUA